CCACCACGACCCCAGGUCGCCCACUCCUCCUACCACACCAUGUCUCUGUCUGCCUGGAGGCCAGGGCGGCCGGGCGGACCUGGCAGUUUUUUUGUUCCUAGCUCGCGGCACGGGCGGUUAAAGCCGCGCGCGCGAGGCCGCAUUAGCCCGGCACGAAUGCGAUAGACCAACACCCACUCCCGCCCCGCGAACGCCUCCGCCUUUCUCUCCACAGACAGACCACAACACCCCACGCCACGCACGCACGCUCAGAGGCAAAGGCGAGGAAAGGCAACCGGCGGGAUCAAGCAAGAGUACAUGCACCUUCGCGAGGCCAUGGAGGACACCGGUUCGGGCGCCGGCACCGGCGGGCGCAAGAAGCUGAAGCACCGCCUGGCGGCGAUCCUCUCGGUGUUCUCCCGGCGCGCGGGCGGCGGCAGGAAGCGCCGCGACAGCGAGGGCGAGGCGAAGCCGCCGCCGCCAUUGGCAUUCCCGUCGUACUCCCGCCUCGGCGGCAGCGGGAAGAAGCAGCCCGGGGGUGGGAAUGGGAUCGUCGACCGCCGCCUGUCCCUCUCCGCACCGCGGCCCGCGCCGCUGGUCCACAUCACCAUCGACUGCGCUGGCCGCCGCUCCGUCGACGCGGCCGACCCGUCCCUCCUCGCGCUCGACGCCGCGGACGCCGCUAGGAAGGCGGAGCGCCGGUCCACGGCCGCCGCCGGGGGGACGCCGCACGAGACCGGCGGCGAGUGGGAGGGCCGCAAGUGCCCGCCGUCCUCGCCGUUCGUGGCGCACCACCUGCCGCCGCUGCCGCCCGUGGCGAGGUGGAAGGAGCGGGCCAACACCAACACCAACAACACCUCCUCGCGCCGGCUGUCGACGCACUCGUCGCGCCGGCUGGUCAGCAGCUCGUCCUCCGACGACGAGUACGACGACGACUCGAGGAACCUCUUCUCGUCGCGGAGCUUCUCGUCCGAUUCGUCCGACUUCUACAACUGCCCACGCAAGAACACCACCACCGCCACCAGGGCGCGCGCGUCCGUCUCGGGCCCGUGCCGCGCGCCGCCGCCGGCUUCCGCGCGCCGCCGCGGCGCGUCGCAGAGCUGCCGGUACAGCUUCGAGCUCCCGCGUGGCUCGACGGCGUCCGCCGCGACGGACGGCGGGUUCGCGGUGGUGAAGCGAUCCGCCGACCCGUACGAGGACUUCCGCAAGUCCAUGCAAGAGAUGAUCGCCGAGUGGCCAGCUGGCGCUGGCGGUGGGGACGGCAACGACGGCGGCGAGGGGGACGACCACAGCGCGGAGCGGCUGCUGGAGACGUACCUCGUGCUCAACUCGCCGAGGCACUACCCGGCGAUCCUCGCGGCGUUCGCCGACGUGCGGGAGACGCUCUUUCCAUGAGCUUCGUCGUCACCAACGGUCGCCUCGGCUCGGCGGCGCUGUGGUGUUGAUAGGAUUAACUUUGUAAUGGCAAUAGAAUUGAGCAUGUGCUUUGUUGCGUGCGUACGUGCAUUUGGCUCUGCCGUCCUUGGCCUGCUAACCACUGCUUAAUGCAGACUCUGUUCUGUAGUCUCUUCUGUCUCUCUGAUGGGUAAUAUCUCGUAGUCUCGCUAAUGUUAAUUUUGUGA